AAGUCAAAACUAUUGUCGACUGUCAGUUUCUUUGAAAUACAUUUGUGAAUUUAAGUCGAAAAUUAUCUUUUUCUCGUUAAGACUUUAAAAGAAGAACAGUAACAAAAAAUGUCACUACGUCUAGGAGGCGCUCUCAAAGAGCUGAGAAUUCAUUUAUGUCAAACAAGUAAACAGUCAGCUGGUGUACGAGAGUUCAUUCAAAAGAACUAUGUAAAUAUCAAGAAGGAGAACCCUAACUUUCCAAUCUUGAUACGCGAGUGUAGUGGAAUUCAGCCCCGGGUUUGGGCUCGCUAUGAUAAAGGUGUAGAAAGCAGCACUCCACUAACAAAUUUAGCUGCCAAUGAUGUGCUAUCUGCUAUUAAGCAGCUUGUGAAAUAAAUAUUUUAAAUUAUGUUAGUAAUUAGUUACAGUAUAUUUUGAGUUUAAUUAAAACACCAUUUAAUAAA